GUUACUUCCCUUGGAUUAUGCAACAAACAAGAUGGCUGCCCCCAUGUACUCCAAAAAUUAUCUCAAAACGAUUUUAUUGUUAUCAAGAGAUAUUUGAUAAAUUGACUAUUGCAGUCCACAGUCAGUUAUCAUCAUUAGAAACAUAACCAUUGCCUACCUGUUACAGUAGUUAACAUCAAAAUGGAUGUCAAUGAAGAAACCGCCCUAAAGGAGGUGAUUUCAGAACAACCUUUGAAGGAAAUCAUGAACUUUUUACAACACAAGGAUGGGAAAGGCCUGAAAAAAUUUGUUCUGGAUCGUAAAUUAUCAGAUGAGACAAUUUAUUGGGAAGUAUGCUCAGAAGUUUGUCAUCAUAUAACUGAGCACAACUGUAUUAAUAACAAUAUUUUGUUUGAAGCUUGUGAAAUGUGUUUGAGAUAUAUGGUAACCGAAGGAAAUCCAAAGGAAUUACUUCUGGCAUUGUUAGAGCAAUGCGAGUUUUUUGACGAUGAUAUCAGAUUUACUACUCUUAUGUUCCUUAUUCAGAAAACAUUAUUAAGGUUGCCAAACAAAAGAUUUCACUCAUUAGACCUCGCACUGGAAACGCUAACAGGGCAUAUUUUAUCAAAACCAAUCCCAGAGGACAAUGCUCUAGAAAAUGAAGAAAGGAAACUUCUUGCUAUGGAUGGAAGAGUUCAGCAAAUAAACGAUGUUCUCAAAGCAUUCCUUGAUUUUCUUAAGCCGUUUGUUGAAGAGGUAUCAUUGAAAAACUCAUGCAACCUACAUAAUGAAAAUAUACAAGCCCAGAUUCUUGUGUUAAAAAUUCAUCUGUUGAAGAUCUUAAAUCAGCCUGUAAUAUACCUUGAUUUACAUGUUGAAUCCGACAGCUACGUUGGUAAAAGUGAUAGUCGAGUCUGUGUUGAAAAGUUGAUGAAUUUAUUCUCCCAUUUGGAAACCAAUUUCCAAAAAAUGAUGGAAUUUGCAGUCAAUAAGAAACCAUUGAUCAUAAAGCUGGAUGAAAAUUUUCGAAAAACUGAAAUGGAGAUUGAAAAUGAAGAAAAUGAGAGACGUCUGAAUAAAAAAGCCAAAAAAAAUUCUGCAAAAGUUCCUAGUCUAAGAUUCAGUGAAAUCAUACCAACUCAUAGUCUCUGUUGUUUGUCUUAUUUGAUUCAUUCUGAACAACUUGGCACUGAUCAGUUACCAUGUGUUUAUUCAAAGUCUUAUCUCUUUGAGUUUAAUUUACCAUUUAUAGUAGACAUGUUGAAAACUACAAAGUCACUUUUGCUUUUUAAAGGCUUGAAACUUUUGAAAUCAUUUGUUGGUAUUUUACCCAGUGACAGUAUAUCUGGCUAUAGACUAGACAAUGACAAUUAUAGCAAAGUUAUAAACAACCUUAUUGAAAUUAUGAUCAGAUGUUCAAUGAAAGAUCUGCGACAAGAAGCGGUGCAACUUUUUACUGGUUUGAUUAAGCUCUUCCAACAUAAUGGCCGCUAUCAGUUAUAUCAGAACAUUCUGAAUAAGUGUAGUCAUUCUGGGGUCAAAGGUUAUGUGAUUAAUCUCAUAAAAGAUGAAAUAAAAGACACACUCAAGGAAAAUAUACCCAAUAAAUCGUUCUUAGGACAACGUCUGAAACGGUUAAUCAAGAUAGCUACCACCUUACCUGACAAAGAAACAACUGAUCUAUUGGAACAUUCUGACAGAAUUAUUACAGUUCUUAAUUUAUUACGAUAUCUUGUUAUCCGUGAUCCACCUAAACAAAACACUACAGGAAUUUGGGAAGAAUUGAAGAACAUGGAAAUAGAUUUUUUGAAACCGUUGCGUGUUGGAUUGGACAUGUCUAAAGCUCACUACAAUCUUGAACUUCAGAAAUUCACAGAUGAAAAGAAAAAGAAGAAAAUGGUGCCAGAUUUUGAUGUGUCUGUGGGUGGUGUUCAUCUUCCACCAGUUACGGAAAAUCAAGAAAUCCAAGUUAUGCAUUCAGCACUCAAUACAUUUGAUAUGAUUGACAGUUUAUUGACCAGACUUACAGAAAUAAUUGAGCAACAAACAAUUUGAAAAUUAAUUGUUAUGGCUUAGAAACUUGUGAUACAUUUUAAAGAAAUAAGUUUUGAAUUGAAACAAGAUGAAACAUCAUGCUUCCUUUAAUGAUUCUGAUAAACAUUCUCUUAUUUUAUAAUGUUGGUGCUAACUUUAGACUCUGGAUGAAGUCUGUUUUUAACAAUUAUUUAGUUUACAUGUGGUCUGAAUCCGUCUUGUUAAAGAAUAAGUGUUAUGUCCCUUUAUUUUCGGUAAACAAUGUCUUGACAGGAAAAAUUUUGAAAUAGCAACACUGGUGUAUGACUCUAUCAUGAUAAAAUGUCUACUACAUGUAUGACUUUACUAAUUUGUUCCUGAAGAGAACUAAAAUACUAGCAGCUUUGUAAAACAUAAAUUUCUGUUUGUUUUUCUAGUCUUAUAUGUUUUUUGUAAUUGUUCCACAGGUUCUUCCAAUUCCUGAUCUUACUUUACAUUACAUUACUAAUCUUGUUCCUGAAGAAAACUAAAAGUCUAGCAGCUUUAAAAAUACACAGAUUUAAAAAUUUGUUUGUUUUUUAUGGUCUUACCUGGUUUAUUGAAAUUGUUUCAAGGAUACCUCUAAUUCAUGUUUUUCUUUUACUAAACAUUAAAGAAUCAUUAUGUGAGAGAACUGGUCUAUUGCCAAGUGUGUUUCAGGCUUUAAAUGUUAUAUAAAUUAUUAUGUGAACAUUUAUUCACAUGGCAAACCCAUAAUCAGCUCUCUAGACCAUCGGAUGGUUUAGAUAAGGAGUUGAUUUGAUAGUGGGGUGGGGGUGGGUAAGUGGAUGGCCGAAUGGUUAGCACAUGCGUGCUGUAUCAUACGAUCUGUCAUUUGAGUUAACUGGCGGGGUUUCGAUUCCCCGGUUGUACGUGACAAGGAGUAGGGGUGCCUAUUCAACCUCGUGGGUUUUCUCUGUGUCCUCCGUUUUCCUCCCACUGCUAAAGACCCCUACGUGCAAGCGAA